AUGGGCGACGCAGUCAUUGAGGGUUCGAACUGGCGCCUCGUUGAGGUUGGCCGAGUCGUUGUUAUCAACGGCGACCACCCCUUCGCUGGCCACCUGGCCACGAUCGUCGAGAUCAUCGACCACAAGCGAAUUCUCGUCGACGGUCCUUCCGCGAACGCUAGCCUCGCCACUCCCCGACAAGCUGUUCCCCUCAACAAGGUUCUCCUCUCCUCUCUCGUUGUUGAGGGCCUGAACCGCGGUUCCCGAACUGGUGUUGUCCGAAAGCUCUGGGAGAAGUCCGAGAUCGACUCCAAGUGGGAGCAGACCAACUGGGCCAAGAAGCGGGACCAGAUGGAGCGAAGGAAGGCUCUUACCGACUUCGAGCGUUUCCAGGUUCUCCGACUCAAGAAGCAGCGACGAUUCGAAGAGCGCAAGGCUCUGGCCAAGGUCAAGGCCUCCGCAUAA